GGUCUACUUGUAUUCGUGGCAGCUUGUUUCGCUACUAUUGUUUAUUUCACAUAUCCAAGCAGUACUCAUUACCAUUUCGUACCAAACCUUCUCUCCUACGACGAUUUAGCCGAGAGCAAUUUCGAGCUGCUGCGAUUGGCCAAACGAGUAGCCAACUACACCCUCGGAGGAACGAAUAUUUUUGCGUAUUCGAUCAUUUUCACCUACCUCUACUGUCGUCAUUCAUUAUCAUUCACCACUAAUGAGUCUCGCAUGACACUGCAGGUAGCGCUAUUUGUGACCAUCGAAUGCAUGUACUUCAUCUAUUGGGAAUUCUUCGAGAAGCGAGUAAUGUCGAUCCCAGGCUUGUUGGCCAGAAAUCUUAUCACUCUCGGGUUCUACAUCUCCAUAAUUCUUCCUUAUUUAUUGAUCAAUAAGCGAAUCCAGAAGCGAAUAUUCGAAAUACUUGGAAUGAAACAAAAGGCACGUUUGGUGAUGGGUUCACGUUCAGUCAUUAUUUGUAGAACUGUAUAA